AGAGUAGGGAGAGUACACCCGGCCAGUCUUAUCUUAGAGGAUAUGACUUAGUGUUGAUCUCUCAUGCCUUAUCAUGUCUCGUUACAUUGGGGAGAUGAUGACAAAAUGUUAAGUGAUAGCGAACUGUAUGAGUUAGAUGGACAUGAAGGUCGUUGCUAUUUUUGUGUGUUUGGUCCAAUGUUUGCUUGGCCAGAGGCUUGGUGAAUAUAAUGUUGAUUCAAAUGCCAUUUCCGUGUCUGGAAUUUCUGCGGGGGGUGCUAUGGCUCAACAGAUGCACGUGGCAUUCUCCUCGAGUAUCAUGGGAAUGGCCUCCUUCGCUGGAAUACCAUAUUUUUGUGCGGAAGGGCAAAUUAUGAACACCUUACUGUGUAUGAAUACACCGGAGUACAUCAAAGUUGCCGACCUUAUCUCAGAGACAAAAAGAGCCGAGGGUGCUGGGCAGAUAAACCAGGUUUCAAACAUGAAGAAUGACCGGGUUUUCCUGUUUCAUGGAUCUAAAGAUGGAACUGUCGCCCCUGCUGCUUCUAAAAAGUCCAAGGAAUACUACACUAAGUAUGGCGCUAACAUCCUUACAGAAUUCACACUCCCAGCAGGCCACGGCAUGCCAACUUCAAACUAUGGGAUCCCUUGUGGUGAUUCUGGUGACGCCUAUAUCAACAAUUGUAAAUAUGAUGGGGCCGGUGUGGCACUCCAACACAUCUAUGGCAACUUGAAUCCAAAGGGAAAUGGAGCAUCUGGGACGUUUCAAGAGUUUGACCAGGGAGAAUUUGUUAAUAGUGUUGGCAGAAGUUUUGCAAAGCGAGGAUUUAUGUAUGUACCUUCUUCAUGUGCCUCAAAAGUGACUCCGUGUAGACUACAUUUUGCGUUUCACGGGUGUCUCCAAAGUAGAUCAGACGUGCAGGCUAGAUACGCCCGUAAUGCUGGCUACAAUGAAUGGGCGGAGACCAACAACAUAAUAGUUGUUUACCCCCAGGCUCAGCCAAAUAUGCUGGUAGGGAAUCCUAACGGAUGCUGGGAUUGGUGGGGCUAUGAUGAUCCCAGCGUAUUCGACCCAUCAGUAUAUCAUCUUACCAGUGGUCCUCAGAUGGUUGCUGUCAAGGCGAUGAUUGAUAGGAUUGCUAGUGGCUCUUCAGGUCUGACCACAAUGCCAGGACAAACUCUACCACCAACAAAGCCCCCUAUAGUUACUUCAAAAAGGUGUAAAUGCACAUUCCAUAUGGAGCCCCGUACAAACAGCAGUGACAGUUUGGAACAUCUCUACACAUUUCCGGAUAUUCUCUACAACAACACAGUUGGAGGAUGCGACCAAUGUACUGAAGUACUUCGCGAGUGCCCUCAUGAUUGCCUUAGUAACGCCAGGGAAUUCUGGGGCAAUGAGGGGCUAAGGCGGGUUAUAGUGAUCGAUGGCAACAGGCGUGUUGCACUUGGGCAGGUUAUAUGUCAGUCAUUGUUCAGAUUGAUCGGUCCCCCUGGUAGGACCAUAGGGGUGCAUUUUAACCCAAAUGAGUGUGGAAGGCUGACACCUGUAACCGUGUUCGUGGACCAGAAACUGUGUUGCGACUUACUUAGUGACCCAAUCAUCGGGGAAAUUGCAGUUUGGAAUCCUGAUUGUUCCGAUGAAUCUAAAUGAAUGCACAUUUUUCAGAAAUAGAUUACUGUUAGUGAA